AUGCGCGUCGCCUACCUCCUCACCGCCGCUACCCUCGCCGCCGCGCAGAGCAUCGCGCCGCUCUCCAUCCCGCCCUUCACCGGCGGCCUACAGCCCGCGCCGACCAUCUCGCCGUUCACCCCCUCCGGCUCGGCCACAACCGUCUCGGUCGACGGUGGCAGCAAGACCGCCACGGUCGACCUCACGAACCAGGUCGCGUACAGCGGCCACUGGUACUCUGAGCAGGGGUGCGACGCCUCGCAGGUCGCCCACUCGACCAACGACUCGACGGCGACCGCCGUCAUCCACUUUGACUCCUCGGUCGCGGGGUACACGCUCUCGGCGUCGAUGGGCGACGCGAUCAUGCUCGUCACCUCUGGCAAUGUCCAGCAGUCGCUCUUCGCCAUCACGGUCGGGACGACCGACAUCCAGGGCCUUGGCAGCCAGUGCACCACGUCGUACAAGUACACUUUCGGCGGCUCGGGCGGCGGCACAGUCACGAUCGCGUACAAGGUCGCUGCGCACUCUGGGCGCCGCCAGUUCAGCGGCAUGACCAACCUCGUGCAGAUCAACGAGAUUGUGGCGUACGCCAACGCCGCUGAUCUGCAGAGCAUCACGCUCCCGCCCAACGUUCACACGGACGGCGUGGACGCGACCACUCUGCCCGGUGGUGCUGCCGGCGGCGGCGCUACGGGUGGCGCUGCUGGCGACGGUGCGAAGUCGACGGCCACCACUGGCAAGUCGACCGACGCCGCCGCAGCGUCGUCCCCUGCUGCCGGUGGAGGCAAGGCCCCCGGCGGUGCUGCGGCGCUCGGAGCCCCCGCUGCGCUCGCUUUGGGCAUCGCGACGGUCGCUUUCCUCUGGAUGUGUUAG